AGAUAUCAACCCAUUACUUUAUUGUGGACUACCCAUUUACCAAACCCACCUUUUCCUCUGCGGUAAUCUAAAGACUCCUUGUUUAUUAACUAACUACCAUCUGUGGCCUCUUUUAACAAUACUUUAUAUUCUCAAGCCGGUCUUACGAACCACUUCUAUCAAACUUCAUUCCGAUGGCUGCCUGUGGUUCUUCAUAGCCAUACUUUGGAGCUGGGUUUGUUUAACCCACGUUCAACUUAGUGGUGUCAAACACACACCCUCGGCGUUGAAGUUGAAGUUGCCCUGCUACCCCUUGCAGGUAUACAGACCUACUCCUCUCCAGGCGCAACCCUCGUCUCUUCGAACCAGGUAGUGUCCACUUUACAUAGGGACGCUCCGUACUUCAUUCCAGUUACAAAGUUCAUUAUAUAUACUUCCGAUUGUCAUUAAGGCUUGUUGCCUCUUAUAUCUUAAUUCUACCCUCACCUAAUAGCCCCACGAUGUCUUCGUCGACGAAAGCUAGCCAAACGCUAGCAAAGGUCUUAGGGAUCAAACUCGAAGACCCCGAUACGGACAAUGUAACUCGAGGAGAAUCGGUUUUCUCGACGCAUACAGCAGACAGUUUUGUCGAGCAGCAACCAACAAGCGCAGAGUGGCUCGCAGAAAUUACGCCGUCGGGACAGGAUAUACUAAAUUAUUUCAAGUCAUUGUUCCCCUUUUUAUCUUGGAUCGGGUUUUACAACUUACAAUGGUUUGUGGGCGAUCUCGUUGCAGGAAUAACCAUUGGUGCAGUCGUCGUGCCACAAGGAAUGGCCUACGCCAAGCUGGCUAACCUACCCGUGCAAUUUGGUCUAUAUUCGUCCUUCAUGGGCGUUCUUAUCUACUGGUUUUUUGCUACUUCCAAAGAUAUUACUAUAGGACCUGUUGCCGUCGUCUCCACUGUCACCGGGUCUGUCGUCGCCAAAGCCAUCGAGGAACUUCCUCAAUACGAAGAUGAACCAUGGGUCAUCGCGAGCGCCCUUGCUCUCAUAUCCGGCGCAAUCGUGCUUUUCAUCGGUUUAAUCCGGUGUGGAUGGAUCGUUGAGCUGAUACCUUUAGUAUCACUUGCUGCUUUCAUGACCGGAUCCGCUAUCAACAUCGCCGCAGGGCAGGUUCCUACGCUUAUGGGCAUCACUGGCUUCUCGACGAGGGAUUCGACGUAUUUGGUCAUUAUUAACACCUUAAAGAACCUAGGCAAGACGGAUUUGAAUGCGGCUAUGGGUUUAACGGCGCUCGCGGUGCUCUACGGAAUCCGGUUUUCAUGCGCCUGGGCGGCAAAGAAGUUCCCCAAUCAUCACAAGCUGUUCUUCUUCCUCUCGACGCUAAGAGCAGUCUUCGUCAUAUUAUUAUAUACCAUGAUUAGUUGGUUGGUCAAUAUGAACCGCCGCGACAACCCUGCCUUUGCAAUUCUUAAGGAUGUCCCUCGGGGGUUUCAGCACGCCGCCGUUCCAACUAUCAAUUCAGACAUAAUCAACUCGUUUAUUGGUGAACUACCCGCAACGGUCAUUGUUCUACUCAUCGAGCAUAUCGCCAUUUCGAAAUCUUUCGGCCGCGUCAACAACUACACUAUAAACCCGUCGCAAGAGAUGGUUGCCAUCGGUGUUACUAACGUCCUCGCACCCUUUCUCGGAGGAUUCCCGUCAACAGGUUCUUUCAGUCGCACAGCUAUCAAAUCAAAAGCAGGUGUCCGGACUCCCUUUGCGGGUGUUAUCACGGCCGCUGUGGUACUCCUAGCUAUUUAUGCACUUACGGCUGUUUUCUUUUACAUCCCAUCCGCAGCUCUCGCCGCCGUUAUUAUCCACGCCGUCGGAGAUCUUAUAACGCCACCUAAUACGCUUUACAAGUUUUGGAGAAUAUCACCUCUCGAAGUCCUCAUCUUCUUCGUCGGUGUAUUCGUUACAGUAUUUUCAACGAUCGAGAACGGAAUCUACGCCACUAUAAUUAUCUCGUUCGCGAUCUUUAUGUUCCGUGUCCUUAAAUCCCGCGGUAGGUUCCUCGGCAGGAUUCAAGUACACUCCGUACUAGGCGACCACCUCAUCGGCAAUGAUAGCAACGUGAUGGGCGAGUAUGGGACUUUUGAUGCUUUGGACUCUAGUCUUUCCCCGCCUACACGCAAUGUUUUCCUCCCAAUUGAUCACGAGGACGGCUCAAACCCAGAAGUCGAGGUCUCUAGCCCCUAUCCUGGUAUUUUUAUUUACCGAUUUUCCGAAGGGUUCAAUUACCCAAGCGCAAGUCACACUUUAGACUACCUUACAAGCCACAUCUUCGCCAAUACACGCCGUACUAGAACAGACACGUUUGCGCGCGUUGGCGACCGUCCAUGGAAUGAUCCGGGCCCGAAGAAGGGUCGAGAAGAGAACACCGCGUUACCGACAUUGAAGGCUAUAAUCUUCGACUUCAGCUCGGUCAAUAACGUCGACGUAACGUCGGUACAGCAGUUAAUCGACGUACGCAAUCAAUUAGACCGUUACACAGCACCAGACGUAGUAGACGUUCACUUCGCCUGCAUCAACAACCGAUGGACGAAGAGGGGACUCGUCUCCGCCGGCUUCGGCUACCCGACCCCGCGCCCGGACGGCCUACACUCGCGGUGGAAGUCCAUCUUCAGCGUCGCCGAGAUCGGCGGCUCAGAUUCUGCUGCAGCCGCCGCAGAGCAGGAGGCCAUUGAGAAGGAGACUCAAAUACGACUGACUCUCAGCAAGUCGGAGUCAGUAGACCCAUCGAUCCACCAGGACACUCCCGGACCCAGCACUGCUUCUAGCAUAACGCAGUCUGCGCUCCCGAAGAACAAGACGCCUGUUUUCACUAGGAAUACCGAGACUAGAAAGGUCGCCGUACACGGGCUUAAUCGGCCGCUAUUCCACGUCGACCUGACGAGCGCGCUGCAGAGCGCCAUCGCGAACGUGCGCGCGAGAGACGAGGUCGAGGCCGCUGGAGGCCAUGAUAUUGGCGUCACAGUUUGAGGAUUAUAUUAUUGGGUAGUUAUGGCUGCGCGUAAGGAUACGUACGUAUAAUGAGGAUUGGUUUCAGUAAAAUGUUAGGAUUACGAAUGGGAAAAUUAGGGAGAUAUAUCAUCGAGUCAUUUAAAGCGAUUGGCUUAUUAUAGAGAGGAUAAAGAAAUGAAGAGG